AUGUCGCGAGCAACUCGCCCACCCACCUUCCCAGUGAGCUUCCAACUCCUGAGCGUUUUGCUGGUGUUGCUCUUCCAUGCAGAUGGCAUACAUGGGGAGAGCCCCAGCGAACUGCCUGUGAAUGACACCGAGGAGUGCACUGGCUCAUACAUCUGCAAAAAGGGUGUGAUUUUACCAAUAUGGGAACCCCAAGACCCCUCAUUUGGUGACAAAAUUGCUCGGGCAACAGUGUAUUUUGUAGCGAUGGUGUACAUGUUCCUGGGAGUAUCUAUCAUAGCUGACCGCUUCAUGUCCUCCAUCGAAGUCAUUACAUCCCAAGAGCGGGAAAUAACCAUCAAGAAGCCCAACGGCGAGACCAGCAAAACCACGGUGAGGAUCUGGAACGAGACCGUUUCCAACCUCACGCUGAUGGCCUUGGGCUCAUCUGCCCCCGAGAUCCUCCUGUCUGUUAUUGAAGUGUGUGGCCAUGGCUUCACGGCAGGGGACUUGGGGCCAAGCACAAUUGUGGGGAGUGCUGCAUUUAACAUGUUUGUCAUCAUUGCGAUCUGUGUUUACGUUGUUCCAGACGGAGAGAUAAGGAAGAUCAAGCACUUGCGAGUGUUUUUUGUUACAGCGGCAUGGAGCAUCUUUGCUUACACUUGGCUUUACAUUAUUUUAUCUGUGUCUUCUCCUGGGAUUGUGGAGGUUUGGGAAGGCUUGCUCACCUUCUUCUUCUUCCCCAUCUGUGUGGUGUUUGCCUGGAUAGCUGACAGGAGGCUUUUAUUUUACAAGUACGUCUACAAGAAAUACCGAGCUGGCAAGCAGAGAGGCAUGAUUAUUGAGCAUGAGGGUGACCGGCCCUCCUCCAAAGCUGAUAUUGAGAUGGACGGAAAGGUUGCCAAUUCUCAUGUAGAGAACUUUUUGGAUGGGACACUGGUGUUGGAGGUGGAUGAGAAAGACCAGGAUGAUGAGGAAGCCAGGAGGGAAAUGGCUCGGAUUCUGAAGGAGCUGAAACAAAAGCACCCCGACAAGGAAAUUGAACAGCUUAUAGAGCUGGCCAACUACCAGGUCCUGAGCCAGCAGCAGAAGAGCAGGGCCUUUUACCGCAUUCAGGCCACUCGGCUGAUGACAGGAGCUGGCAACAUCUUGAAGAGACAUGCUGCAGACCAGGCCCGUAAAGCUGUCAGCAUGCAUGAGGUCAACAGUGAGGUGGCAGAAAAUGAUCCCAUCAGCAAACUCUACUUUGAGCAGGGUACCUACCAGUGUCUGGAGAACUGUGGCACUGUCGCCCUGACCAUCGUUCGCCGGGGAGGCGACUUGACCAACACGGUGUACGUUGACUUCCGGACAGAGGAUGGGACGGCCAAUGCCGGCUCUGACUAUGAGUUCACUGAAGGGACAGUGGUCUUCAAGCCUGGAGAGACCCAGAAGGAAAUCCGUGUUGGCAUAAUUGAUGAUGACAUAUUUGAGGAGGAUGAGAACUUCCUGGUCCAUCUCAGCAACAUCCGCGUGAGCACUGAGGCCUCGGAUGAGGGCAUUCUUGAGGCCAGUCGUGUCUCAACACUUGCCUGCCUGGGAUCACCAUCUACUGCCACCGUCACCAUCUUUGACGAUGACCAUGCUGGCAUCUUCACCUUUGAGGAGCCAGUAACACACGUCAGUGAAAGCGUGGGGACCAUGGAAGUGAAAGUGUUGCGAACCUCUGGUGCGCGAGGAAAUGUUAUUGUGCCCUACAAAACCAUUGAAGGUUCAGCCAAAGGUGGAGGAGAGGACUUCGAAGACACCUGUGGGGAGCUGGAGUUCCAGAACGAUGAGAUAGUCAAAACGAUAUCAAUCAAGGUGAUAGAUGAUGAGGAGUAUGAGAAAAACAAGACCUUCUACCUAGAGAUCGGGGAGCCCCGGCUUGUGGAGAUGAGUGAGAAGAAAGCCCUGUUGUUGAAUGAGCUUGGUGGCUUCACCAUCACAGCGCUGCAGGGGAAGAAGGUCCCGGGCAAACCUGUCUUCAGGAAGGUCCAGGCUAGAGAUCAUCCUCUUCCUUGCACCGUGGUCACCAUCCGAGAGGAGGAUGAAGAAAAGCAGCCACUGACCAGCAAGGAGGAGGAAGAGCGUCGAAUCGCCGAGUUGGGGCGCCCAGUCCUGGGGGAGCACACCAAGCUCGAAGUCAUCAUUGAGGAAUCCUACGAGUUCAAGAACACAGUGGACAAGCUCAUUAAGAAGACGAACCUGGCCCUGGUGGUUGGCACAAACAGCUGGAGGGAGCAGUUUAUUGAGGCUAUUACUGUCAGCGCAGGGGAAGAUGACGAUGACGAUGAAUGUGGGGAGGAGAAGCUGCCCUCCUGCUUCGACUACGUGAUGCACUUUCUGACUGUCUUCUGGAAGGUCCUUUUUGCCUUCGUGCCCCCGACAGACUACUGGAAUGGCUGGGCUUGCUUUGUUGUCUCCAUCCUCAUGAUCGGCCUCCUGACAGCUUUCAUCGGUGACCUGGCAUCCCACUUCGGCUGCACCAUUGGCUUGAAGGACUCGGUCACCGCAGUCGUGUUUGUCGCACUGGGGACGUCAGUGCCAGACACGUUUGCCAGCAAAGUAGCAGCGACGCAGGACCAGUAUGCGGAUGCCUCCAUCGGGAACGUCACCGGGAGCAAUGCUGUGAACGUUUUCCUGGGUAUCGGGGUGGCUUGGUCAAUCGCAGCCAUCUACCACGCGGCGCACGGACAAGCCUUCCAAGUCUCGCCUGGCACCCUGGCCUUCUCCGUCACCCUCUUCACCAUUUUUGCUUUUAUCAGUGUGGGCGUGCUGCUCUACCGGCGGAGACCCGAGAUUGGAGGUGAGCUGGGCGGGCCGCGGACUUCCAAGCUGCUCACAUCCUCACUCUUUAUCCUCCUCUGGCUCUUGUACAUAUUCUUCUCAUCUCUGGAAGCCUACUGCCACAUAAAGGGCUUCUAAAGGGACAAUCAGAGAUAGUAAAUAUAUAUAUAUCUAUAUGUAUCUAUAUAGAGCGAUAUAUAGGUAUAGAUAUAGAUAUAACGCUGUGUAUAAUGAACAGAGAAAGAAUAAAAGAGAUUUGCCAUGUUCACACA